GUUGAUCAUAAUCAGUGAUCAGUAACGGUCAUCUCUUGUUUUAUAGUGACACUAGGGAGGAUCAGUGUGGAUUAGUGUUCGACCAGUUGAAGUUAUAAUAUACGUGCUUUUACGUCCACAGGUGGCAGCGCUGGUCACGACCACGCAAAUAAUGGGACAGUCAUCCUGUAAGUGCCCUGAACCAGAGAGGUCGCUUCUUCCUCAUGAGGUACUGAAAGCAGCCGUUCUUGGGGAGACGGAGAAAGUCACAGCGUGGCUUGGCAACGGAAAGAAGGUGAACGUGGCCACGGAACAAGGAGACACGUUGCUCUCAACGGCUGCCAAGCACGGGAGAAGUUCGCUCCUGGACGCACUCCUCAAAUUUCCUUUCAUCCAUCUCAACACGUACCACAAGAUCGACGGAGGGGGCGGGUCUUACACUCCCCUGUGGCUGGCGUCUGCUAACGGACACCUAGAGUGCGUUCAGCUUCUCGCCAAGUCGAACUUGCAGUGUCGCGUUGACCUGAUCGGCAGCAAAACGGAAGACUUGUCUGCAAUCAUGAUAGCAGCAGAGAGACGCCACUGGGCCGUGGUCGACGAGUUUCUCAAAAUACGCGAGACACUGAGUCCUGAGGAGGCCAACUACAUUUUCCCGCGCGCGGCGAGAGAAACGCAGUGGACGGCUGGCGUUAGGGCGCUGGCUAACUGCAGCCACUUCGACAUGGAUACCCUGAUUCAGUUCUUCCAGCAGGCCUUGGCGGAAGACGAGUGGGACGUACUCUGCGCCAUCUUGAAGGUCAACUUCCGGCACAAGAGCGACAGCAUAAACGAGGCGCUGUCGAAGGCUGUCGGGGGAAGGAGGUGGGACAAAGUCACGCUCCUGAUGAAGCUCCUGCCUAUCCAGGCUUCCUUCGACAGGCCUCUGGUCGAGGCAGCCCUCAACGAACUGGACGCAGAAGUGGCCAGGCAGCUGAAGGAUAAUCAUUUCGACCUCGCGACGCACAACGGAAAUCUGAUGGUCAUAGCGGCGGGAGGGACGAACGACGUCAUCGCAGGCCUCGUCUGUAACCUGACGUCUUACAGCCAGUACGCAGUCGAGAGCGCCCUGUACCUCUCGGCGAUGAACGGCCGCCUUGAAUUCCUGCAGCAGAUCUUCGCGGGGAAGCCUAAGCACAAAUUCUCGUACCACACCCUCAGCAGAGCUCAGAGGGCGGCCAGUCAGGGGGGCUACGUGAACGCGGACAGAAUCCUCUCGAAAAUUUUGGACACAGAAGCAGAGCUCUGUGCCCUUAAUUAUGUAAAAACGAAAUAAAUUACGAAUUUUCACUUAA